AUGCCCAUCCCCAUCAGGACCCAGCCGCCCUCUAAAGCGAAUAAGGCUGGAGAUGGAACCCCAGAUCUUCCAAUCCCACAACCGACAAACCAGACAAGGCUGACCAGAAUGCCCGCCACGUCAGCUCUUCAGUCAACCACAAAGCCUAUUCCGCCGGGGCAAGAUAAUGUUCCUCGUCCUGGUCUCCCGAGACCUGUCAGCGCCAAUGCUUCGUCUGUGACAAGUCAUACCAGAAGUCACUCUACAACAAGCGCUCGCAAAGCUCCCAGCAGUUCCGCGACGUCCGUUGCGCCCUUAACGUCGCAACUGCCUUCCAAGAACGUCGACAGCAGCUCAGCACCCAAAUCACAUAGUCGGACAUUGAGCGCAUCGACACAGCCGACCAACACACAGAGCCGAGGUCUGCAUGGAGCGAUUCCAAAUCCUACGCGCCCAGUGUUCAAAGCAUCAAUUACUUCAAGCUCGUCUGAUAAGGCGACAUUAAGAAAGCCAGAUUUCAACACGUAUAAUCAACACUACAGUCCUAAGAAAACAAAACCAGUCGCGCCACCGAACAACGACAAAACCCCCCGGGUAACUCAGCUCACAGUGUCUCAUUACGGAACCACGGGUACUUGCAGUGUCGGGGCAACGCCGGACAUUGUUCGCUUGCAGGACGAAUUGCUUCAAUUGUCCCUGGUGCAGGAGACUUCGGCAACUACGCUUCACGCGUAUGAGGAUAGCGUCAGGUCACAGUUGAAAGCGGCGACUGAGGAUUUGAAAAAUCAAUCCAGCGCCCUCACAGCCUUGGAGGGCUAUCGGCAGGGUAAACUCAACGCCCACGCUGUGACGAGCUGGCUGCAGGGGAAUGAAAAUGCUGCUCGUACGACGUCCGACCGACUACUUCUACUGGCACACUGUGUCGGGGAACUCUACGAGGUCACCAAAGACGAUGGGCCCCUGGACACUCUCAUGAGGGAAUUCGAUAAGUGGCACUCAUAUGCUUCUUCUAGAAGCCCGAAUCGCGCAAAUCAUGGAAAUCGGGCUUUGGAGGAUUUUCUUACCCCUCUAGACCCUCAAUGGUCAGCCUCAGCGGUAUCUCUGCGAGACAGGAUCAAGGCUUGUGCAGCGUCAUUAGACCAUCUAAACAAGCCCAUCGCCUCAUCAUCGAUUGGUUUGCUGAUCAGAAUGCACUCCAUGCUUGCCGAAGGAAUUCUGCAAGAAAUCGAAGUGUGCAGGGACUUGGAAAGCCUGAUAUUGCUACAAGAGCAAGCCUGGAUAGAAGCUUCGACUACAAGGGCUCUUUCUGAGACAGAGAAGCAUUAUGGCGCACAGGUCAGCCAGGUUACCAACCGGAAAGGCAUCUGGGACACGCGGAAAGCCGGUUAA